AUGACCUUUACGCUAAACCACGCAUUGCAUAAGUUGUGUUCGGACUUUCUGGCAACCCAGAACACCAUCCCUUUUGAUUGGCCUCUUCAUAGUCCGCAGUGGUCUUUAAUCAAACACUUGCUGGGGACUUGGACCGUACCGUGCUUCUCUACUGGCUGGGACCUUACUGUUCUUCUCUGCUGGCUGGGACCUUACCGUGCUGGCUGGGACCUUACUGUACUUCUCUGCUGGUUGCGACGUUACUGUGCUGGUUGGGACCUUACUGUGCUUCUGUGCUGGCUGGGACCUUACUGUGUUUCUGUGCUGGCUGGAACCUUACUGUUUUUCUCUGCUGGCUGGGACCUUACUGUGCUGGCUGGGACCUUACUGUGCUUCUCUGCUGGCUGGGACCUUACUGUGCUUCUGUGCUGGCUGGUACCUUACUGUUCUUCUCUGCUGGCUGGGACCUUACUGUUCUUUUCUUCUGGCUGGGACAUUACUGUUUUUCUCUGCUGGCUGGUACCUUACUGUGCUUCUCUGCUGGCUGGGACCUUACCGUGCUUCUCUGCUGGCUGGGACCUUACUGUACUUCUCUGCUGGCUGACUUACUUCCAUGAACGGGUUGAUCAUCUCGUCAUACGUGAAGAUGCCAACAAGACAGAAGACAUUACUCCCCAGAUAUAUCAGGACCGACAAGCGUCAUUAUACAAGAAUUGUGAAAAUGUACCAAAAGUGAAAAGGAUAGGCAGUGGUGAACCCAAAUACUUCUUUGAUAGGACAAACAGCAUAGCAUUUUGCAAAGCACCAAAAUCAGGCAGUACCUUUGUAGGGACAAUAGUUGCCGCUCUUAUGCGGAAUGCAGAACUCGGUAACAUGUUCCACGUCAACAGAGAAUAUGUCCAUAGUAAAAACGCAGUUAAGUUUUCCAAUAUUUUAGAUAAGGAACUGAAUUCUGUCAAGACUGUACUUGUCACACGGAAUCCAUACUCCAGACUAUUUUCUGCUUUCAUUGACAAGUACUUCAUUUUAGCUCAAUGGGGAAGUAAUCUAGCACAACGAAAACGGAAAGGUCUUCUUAAAAUGAGAAACGGUUACUGUGGAUACAAUGUGACUUUUGACGAGCUUUUGGAUUCUAUUUCGAUGGGCGAAAUCAUUGAACGUCAUACUAUUCCGGUGUCAACCCUUUGUAUGCCGUGUACUUUGCAUUAUGACAUUGUCUGUAGACAGGAAACGUUGACUACUGAUAUAGAACACGUACUCAAUAUCAUCAACAUCACCGAAUCAAAACGAAGCGCCAUUAUUGACAUGAUACAUGGGAGGAGUUUAAAUGAUACCAUUUACAGCUGGAUUUCAUCACAGCUGAGUUACUUUGCCUAUUCGAAAAAAGAUUGUUCGGAUAUUGUGCUUUACAUGGAAAAACUUUGGUGGGCUUUACAAUUUCAAGGAUAUAUAAGUUUGUCUUGGUCAUUUCCGGCUGAUGAAUUCAAGAAACUGAACGAGUUGAAAGCAGAAAGCUUGACGAGUCUCAUAGUGAAAUUAAUCAACUCUGCACCACUUUCAAAAUCAGAAAUGAAGACCCAAAGACUACGCGUGUUGAGAGAAGCCUAUAGCCGUGUACAGCCUUCUACAAUAGCCAAGCUUCAGGCUGCGUUUGCCCAGGACUUCCAUCUCUUUGGUUAUGACACAUCUGUGCCUCUAUAG